AUGGAGACCAUGGCCCUGUCCACCGAGAUGCUGCUGCCCAUACAGCUGGCGACAGGGCCGCAGCCACCAGGUCGCAAACCCAAGCAGAUCAGUGACAAACGACGCGACAAGAAACGAGUGGCCGACCGACAUUGUCAACGCCAGGCUCGAGCCCGUACAAAGAACAAGAUCGCCGAACUGGAGUCUCUGGUCGCCCAUCUGACGAGUCAGUCCGGCAACGAAGUCUGUAGAGAGCUGAGGGAGCAGCUCGAGAGCGCGCGUACCGAGAUCCGGUCACUCAAACGCAAGCUGGCGACGAUAUCUUCCCUGGCCCAGGUCAACGUGGACGAGGUGUCGGAGGAACAAACCGACGACGUUGCGGAGAAGGAACGCACCAACUUUUCGUCCCCUCUUGCUCCGCUCAACCCGUCCAAACCGUCUCCGGCGGUCAUGGACGAGCUCCAGGCGGAAACCAACAGCGACGCUGGCCGCCAGCGACGCGCGCCUGUCUGUAACAUCCACGGUGAGGCCGAAUAUGGCUUCCCUCUCGAUGACAGUCUUAAUUUAAACUUUUCGGAUGCCUUGUUCGAUGAGCAAACCUUCAAUCCGAUGGGGUUAGGUCCUUCACCACUUGAAAUGGAUGAAAUGGCUGGCCCCCACAGCAGUCAUACAGUCACCGCAACAGCCACCACUUCCAUCCCUCUUUCGUUUCCGGAAAGUGGGUCCUCGUGCACGUGCGCGCACCACACCCAGCCUCACAAGCAGGCCAACAUGUGGGCAUUUGUGAGCGAGACGUUGAUGGACUGGAAGACUCACAACUGGCCCAAAAUCAGGAAUAAUCAGUCUGCCGACGAUAUUGCUGUCCGUGCCGUCAUUGAAGGCUGGGAUGAACCCAGCCUGAGCAAUUUGAGCGCCUCGUGGCGCAUCUUACGGGAGGUCGACCAGAAAGUAUGGUCCCAGUCUCGCACGAUCGAUCGCCUGGCCGUUCUCUGCAUCAUGAAUUUGCUGCUCCAGUGCCACCUCAAUCCCUCCCCAGAAAAUCUCUUGAGACUGCCUGCGUGGUAUAGAGCAAGGCCAUCGCAAAUGGCCCAGAAACAUGCCUAUGCCAUUGAUUUCUUCGUAUGGCCGGGCAUCCGCGAGCGAUUCGUCUAUCAUUAUCACAAGUACUGCUCCAACCGGUUCUGGUCACUUCUAGCAGAGCAUUUCCGCUUCGUCUGGCCGUACGAUGUCCGUGAUUCCUAUGUACACAAUCAUUCGACGAAUAAAUACCAGCUGUCAGAUUUAUUCUACCGCCAUCUCAACGACCUCACCUCGUUCACCUUCGUCGUAGACAUGUUUGGCAACUACCCGGAAUUCGACUCCGACAUACCCAAAUACUUGAAAAUCCCCCAAAGCCUGACCGGCAAGGAAGAGGGCAAUGACGCACGCACGAAGCGAUACAAUGAGAUGCGUGGACACCAGAAAUUAAUUGGAUUUGCGCCUAUGCCUCCGGCCGGCCCUCAAGGUCAGUGGUUCGUACCACCACCGAACGACAUGACGAAAAGCGUCGGCCCCGUGUUGUGGGCACCGCCGAUGCAAGUCAACCAGUUUCUAUAG